ACGAAAAUAUGUAAUGUACAACGCAAGUAUUAUGAGUAAAUCUAUCAACAAAAUGUUAAAAUGUUCAUGGAAAAAUGAAUAAGGAAAUAUGACGUGGAAACACAGCCGGCGACGAAAUGGAACAAAAGAAAGAAAGACAGGAUGAAUGAAAUGUUUUUGAAAGUGAAAUUGAAAUAAAGAAACAAAAAUGAAAGUUUGUUCUGGUUUACAGCUUACAUUGGCAAUUCUAAAACCAGAUUUAAUGACAAAUCCAGUCCGUUUACAGGUAUGCAAUUAACUCUGUGUUUAAAAUGACAUAAUAUUGAUUUAUAAAUUGCUACAUUAUGUACUGAACGAAAAUGCACAUAUAUUGCAGAAUGUUAAAGAGAGAAUUUUGAAAGAAAAAUUUUGGAUAAUUAGAUGGAAGAUUUUGCAAUGGCAAAGAAAAGAUGCAGAACUUUUUUAUCAAGAGCACAGAGGUUUGUCAAAAUCAUGGGACAUGUGUUAAUUAUUAACUUGAUCUCAGGGGCAGAUUAUCAUUUCGGUUGUUAUGUAUCAGUCAAUUCCAGCAGUGCCCAUCCCCACACAGACUAUUACCCAAUUGAUGGGAAUCCGAGAUACCUAGUACCUACAGUAUUAUCAGUAUAUGAUUUUAACGUCCCUAUCGAAGAAGACACGAAAGUCUAGCCAUUUACUGAUGUCAAUGUAAAGAUAGCUCUUUCUCCUCAAUUAUUUUAAGACCUUGAGUAGAGGUCCGACCAAGGAUUGAACCCGGCUCUCCCAGGUUGAAAGGCAAGCGUGGUGAUCACCAUGACACCACAAGAGCUAUAUUGCAUAGGAUGGUUGUUUAUUACUUUUUAUUUGCUUAUAAUUGUAGGUAAAUUUUUCUUCCAGCGUUUGACAUCUUUUAUGAGCAGGUAAUAGCACAUUGUACACUUUUCUUUUGAUUGUGUUUUGGCUGAAAUAAACGUGUUGUAAUUUAUUUCCAUGAUUUUGAAUGUUGAUUAUAAAGUGGUCCAAUAAUGGCAAUGAUACUUGCAAGAGAAGAUGCAAUCAGCCACUGGAGAGACGUGAUGGGUCCAACAAAAACAACUAAGUAUGAAUCAAAGCUUAUUUCAAUCAUACAAAAAAAUACAAUUGGAAAUCCAACUGGGGGAUUACAAGUGGGGGGUGUACCCCCCCCCCCCACCUUAGCCACUCAUUAUCAAAUCCAUUUUUUGGAAAGGCAGAAUAUCCUGUCGCCAUUACCACAAUAGUCUUACAGGUGCAAUGUUUCACCCAUUCUACAGAACACUGCUUAGGCUAAACACUGCUGUGUGUAGCUCCAAAUAUUUAUGAACUUGGUCAACUGUCCCACCCCAAACCAUGACCAUGAGUUGAUGAACACCUUCCCCCUCCUACCAUAUCUGACUGGGUACAUCCCUGCAUUUUCACUAUGUAAAUGAUGGCAUUUAUAUUUAUGUAUGCACAAAAAACUGAACAAUGUCUGACCCUCCCCCUCCCCAUGGACCACCCCUUCUGUGAUGAUGCAACCUGCCUUGUUUGAUCACAUGGAAAUGGCAACGCAGAUGUAACAGUGUAAAAAGGUGCACCUCCAUUGGUCCUUGUUUUCAUAUUAUUUAGACUACGUUUACGCUGUACCGAAUAGCUUUGCGUAGCGACGUAAAAAAACACGUAUCCGUACCUUUCAGGAACGCUAUUUUCAGAGGAAUUAUUGCAACGGAGAGAUGUUGUUUCACUCAGCUUCUGAAAGUUGUACAUUCCGUAUGGGAUAGGUGCUUUUUUCACACCGCAACGGAAAUCUAUCCGGUAUAGUGGUCAGUGUACAGUAAACGCAGCCUGAGACUCUAUCUAUAUAACCACUUGUAGAGCAAAGCUAUCCCACCCUUACAGCAUUCGUGGUAUGCAUGGUCUAACUGAUACAAGAAAUGCCACUCAUGGCUCAGGUAGGGUUUUCUUAAGGCGUAUUUACAAUACACAACUUUUGUCUAAAACUGUCGCAUGCAACCUGCUUACAACUUGAGUUGUACUGUCUGUGUAAAUCAAACACACAUCUCACCUAAGUUGUAGUAGGUGAGUUGUGUGCUUGAUUUACUUAGUACAAGUCAAGUUAUAAGCACGUUUUAUGUGACAGUUUUAGGCAAAACUUGUGUAGUAUAAAUUGGCCUUAAAUUCAUACAUAUUUGCAUGCAUUUGCAGACUCAUGAAGUUAGGUUUUUCUAGUCGACCAGUUACCGGCGUAAUUCACGUUUAAAACUUUGUAGAUUCCGUUGAAAACGCUGAGAAGGAAACGACGUUCUUCUUUCCAGACUUCAGUUCAACUCAUUGGAUGAGAAAUCAUGGCGACGACUUUAAAAAUGGAAACGUUGUUUUUGAUGAAGAACUAGAAAUUCACAAUUUAUUGAUACCAGCUAAAUCAGUGAAAAAGUAAAGGGUGGAGGGCCCAUGAGCAUUCUUGUGAAAUAUAAAUUUUCACUUCAACUAAGAGCAAUGUAAACAAGCUUUCGUUGGGAGGAUGCAGCGUUGGUAGAGAUACAGGCAGCGAAAUUCGACGUUUCGAGCGAGCCAUGGGAAGUAAAAGAAGGGCCUUCGCUCGAAAUGUCGAAUUUCGCUUUGCAUUUUCAGGUAGUUGCAUCUAUAUCAACGAAAGCUUGUUAUUAUUGGAACUACAGACCGUUUAAAAGUAAAGUAGCCUUUGUGGGAAUCGAGCUGGAGUUUAGAUGAGCUAAGACUUACGCAGAUCAGGAAAUAUUGGGUGGAAACAAAGCAAGGUAAAAAUGGAGGAAGAUAUAGAAGAGGUUACAAGAACUUUAGAUGGAAAAUCGUGAGGAAAAAACUGCAGAGAAUAUAGUAAGUAUUAUAGUUAUUUAAUUAAAAAAAUCAAGAUAUGCAAAUAAUUUUAUACACUGCAGUAUACAAUGCUUUUAUUGAAAAACAAAUCAGUAACUUAUCUGCAAAAUCUAUUCAUGCUUAUAUAGCUUACAUUUUUGUAUAGCAUAACUUAGUCAACGUACAAACUAUUUUGAUAAUGUCAAACGACAGUCUAUACACUCUGAGAGCAGAACCUGAUUUCCCUUAUUUUCUACGCGACGGGAAAUCAGGCUCAGCUCCCAGCGUGCAAUCUAUGUUACAGGGUAUUAACCCACUUUAAAUUCAAGAUAUAUAUUAUAUAUAAUCUACACACUCGCUUCUACAACAUGUAUUUCUAUAACGACGGUCAGGGGUGGAAAACUGAUAUUCUAUUUUCUGGGAGCACCAGUUUCCCGCGAAGUGUCGACAAUUCAUUGCUGUUUAGUUUGUGUGAUCACAGUAGGAAUUCUGCAUAGUCAAAUGUCCUCAAACAUUUCUUACAAAUCCUUCGAAACUUAGAAUUUACCAAUGCAAAAUUCCUACUGUGAUCACAGAAAUUUUGAUAGUUUAACCCCAGCCUUAACUUAACUGCAGUGUUAGUAUUACUGUAACAAAGAGAAGAAUUCGUUGCUAUAUUUCGGUGGAUCAGCCAAACCAAAACUACCGCUAUUUUUUCUACCCCUGACCACCUGACAUCAGUCGCUUCUAUUUUAUAACCAUAUUAAAAAGUUCUGCUUUAAGCUAGUAGAACACGUAACUUUUAUAAAAAACGUAACACACACUGUAACAUAAUAAUGUUUCUUUUCUGAGCAAGCCGCUCAUUCGACCAGUGGGGAAUUGGACGUCUUCUUUGCCCAAGCGCUUCUCUGGUGAGAGCGUUGUUUCUUGGCUGUUUUUGCCACAUCUCUGCGCCCUACUUGGGUAUAACUCUCUUCGCAUGGCUAGAAACAAGAAACGUCCGUUCUUAAGGUUUCCGUGCUCAGAAACAUGUGGUGUUUAGGCCAUGUCUAUGCAUUCAGGAAAAUUUUCCGCAG